UAACGAGACCAUCACUUCAUCCUCUUUUUUGGCUCCUUUUGUCCCACUCUCAUCUUUCCCUCUUAGUCUUAGCCAUUCCCAUAAAAAGAAGGAAAAAAAAAAAAAAGACAUCGGUAAACUGAAACAUCCUCCAUUGAACCAUGUUUUCUCAAUCUCCCUCCAAUCCUUCCUUAUAAAAAAACAGUAAACCCCCCGCCUAAAAAUUAAAUUAAGUUUUUGUUUUCUUUUUUUUUCUUCCCUUAAACUUAAUCAAUAAGAAUGGCGUCUUUGUCAUCACUAGCUUCGUAUUCUCCUGCUUGCUCUUUCAACUCCCGGCCCAAUAUCAUCACCAUGGGUCGCCGGAGAACCAGCGGAUUCCGAUGCUCUUUGCCGUCGUCGACGCUACCCAUGUCGGCCCAGUUUGAUCUGAAGACCUAUUGGACGACGCUGAUUAAGGAAAUCAAUCACAAGCUGGACGAAGCCAUCCCGGUUCAGUACCCUCACCAGAUCUAUGAAGCCAUGCGUUACUCUGUUCUUGCUGAUGGUGCCAAGCGGGCCCCACCUGUCAUGUGCGUCGCCGCCUGCGAGCUCUUCGGUGGCAGCCGCCAAGCCGCCUUCCCCACCGCCUGUGCUCUUGAAAUGGUUCAUGCUGCUUCCUUGAUCCACGAUGACUUGCCAUGCAUGGAUGAUGACCCAUCCCGAAGAGGACUACCCUCUAACCAUACAGUAUUUGGAGUUGACAUGGCGAUUUUAGCUGGCGAUGCCCUGUUCCCUCUUGGGUUUCGCCACAUAGUGUCACAUACCCCAACUGACCUUGUCCCCGAGACUCGCCUCCUCAAGGUCAUUGCUGAGAUUGCACGAGCCGUGGGAUCAACUGGGAUGGCUGCCGGCCAGUUCAUUGACCUGGAAGGAGGGCCGAAUGCGGUCGACUUUGUCCAGGAAAAGAAGUUCGGCGAAAUGGGUGAAUGCUCGGCCGUCUGUGGAGGUCUGUUAGCCGGUGCUACUGAUGAAGAAAUCCAACGGCUCCGAAUGUAUGGUCGAUCUGUUGGUGUAUUGUAUCAGGUCAUAAGCGAUGUUUUAGAAGCAAAAUUGGAGAGUUCGGGGAAAUCUGACAAGGAUGAAGGAAAGAAAAAGAAAGGUAAGAGUUAUGUAGGAGUAUAUGGUGUCGAGAAGGCUAUUUCCGUGGCUGAAGAUCUGAGAGCCCAAGCCAAGAAAGCAUUAGAUGGUUUGGAGAAAUAUGGAGAAAGAGUAGUCCCAUUAUACAGCUUUGUAGAUUAUGCAGCAGAUAGAGGCUUUAGCAUUGAUCAUUGAUUGUCGAUUGUCAGGUUCUUUUGAUGUAUGAUUUACUGUAUCUGUAUGUCCAUGUUUAGAGUAUAGCAGAUCAAAGAGGAAUCCCAGAUUAGUUGGGCGAUUUUCAGUUCAAGAAACAUUCUUGUAUACUGCUGUAAGUUUUCCUCUGUCAAUUGAAAAUCUCAUACUUUCUGCACUCGCCACCUUUUCCUCUUUUUUUUUUUUUUUUGUUGGGUGUGACUAAAAGUGUUAUUGGAUUUCAUUCUGGGCUUUUUUACCUUGACAAGUUGGACUGUUGGAGUGCGUUUACCUUUUUA